CCUCGGUACUUAUUGGACUUACUCCCCCCCAGGCGAAUGGCUUUACUACUACAACUACUACUUGGCUGCUGCGCCUGCGUUGUGGGUCUUCAUCGGUUCUUAGUAAUAGUAGUGCAGCAAUUAGAAAAAGAAAAUCGAUUGAGGAUCUUCAUCGAGUUAUGAUCUUCAUGCACAUGCACAAACUACAUCUUCUCUACGGAUGGCAACAUAAUUCCUACUAACCACAAGCUACGCACAUGCUAUGCGUGCUCGACGUUUCUUCCGUCAGCUACAACUGCUUGUAGCUGCCCUGCAAUGCUGCUUAGGUUUGGGGGUGAAGAUCCUGGAGGAUCCCGUUUUCCUAAGACAGACCUCAGUGGAACGAUGGCUGCCAAAGUCGCUCUAUAUCAGCCGUCGCGUCAUUUUGAAGCAUACACUUUACUACAGUCUAUGAUGCCACUGCUGCUCAUUGAGAACAUAUGGAUAGUAUCAUGGAGAUGAUGCCAACAUAUGGACAGCAUCCACCACAUAUGGAUAGAUAAUUCAACAUUUCAAUUAUACUGUACGAAGAUAUUCUUGAUAUGGAUUUACUUUUACGUCGUUCGCGUUCCACCUAAAUAAGGGACCCGGCCAAAGGAGGGGAACGACAUUCAUCUGCUAUCGACAUUCUUAAUAAGUGGAAGCAUUCAUACGCGCGUGAUCGUGGAGCGUUUCACGGAUAUCGAAAGAAGAAAGAGACUCGCGAUCUUCUUCCACCUCGUUCAGGUCAGGAUACCGAUACCUCAACACUAGUAGAAAGAUGGAAUCGAUUCAGUGCGCAUUUUCAUCCGUCAAGGCUGUUCCUCGAAUCCAGGGACUCAGCAUCAAACAACAACUUUGCUUACUUGGACUCACUCGUGGAGGAUGAUAGCACGACCCCAGUCGCAUAUGUUAAGGGUAGUUUAUCACUAUCGACUAUCCACCCAUGUUGUACUAGUCCUCGUGGACUACUAUGAAUAUUAUUACUUCUGAGUGAACAAAUUGUCCCCCCUGAUCUGAAGGGGAAAAUAGAGGAACAAGAAAAGGGCAACGCACUCGACCAGGGUGGACAAACUGUACCUCUAAAAGUGUGCAAUUCGAAAGCAAAAAGGAGUUCGUGGAACUGUUGCAUAGCGUCUGCAGCGCAGCUGAGGAUGAAGAAGGGUCUAGUUCAUCUUCUAGUUCAUCAUCAUCUGGCACAACUUCCUCUUCCUCGAUAGAAGGCGGGAUAGAAGACGCUGCUGAUGUUCAGCAGAAACAGAAAGCCUUGGCGGAAGUAUUACGGUUGGUCGAGGCCGCAAGACUUAAGGAAAAUAUCUAUUAUACUGUACGACUAUUAUACUGUACUUAUACUGUGGACGAAGUGCUUAUAGUAAGUACGAAAUCCCAGACAUAAUUUGUUCACCAUUGAAAAUUUGCGUCAAGAAUUGGUAGCACUAGCCCCUCCAAUUGAUGAUGCACCAUCAAGGAACAGGAGCGAAGCCCUCUUCUUGAAGAUGAUGCUCAACGUCAACAGGAAGAGCAACACAAUGAUUCGCCUGCUCGAAGAACGAAUAAAUCAAGAUGUUAAUGCAUAAAAACAUCUUCUAAAGAACAAAAAACCGCUCGUCCGGUCGUGCAGGAUAUAUCGCUUCUGACAGAUGCAGUGUCUCAAAUCGAGUGGCCUGAGUGGGUUCUUGACGCCGACGUCUACCUAGAGGAAAAAGAUAUAGACGCGGAUGCUCACACGAGACAGCCUGAUCUUUUCAAGGACUACGUGCCACGAUCGGGUCGGCUUGUCACAACUGGAGGUGGUGAUGCAACAUCUUCAUCUGCUUCUGCUUCAAGUGGUGGAGGGGAAAUCGUUAGCCAAACACUGCCGUUAUUAAGGCUUCCCCUAUUAAUACAUUGAAACUCAUCUACCUAAGAAUAAGUACUUAAUUAAGAAGCAUGAGCAUCAGCAUCUUUGUGUAUGUCUGUUUCUGUUUCAAGGUAAAUGUCAAGACAUGGAGAUGCCUCUCAAGUAAUAUAUCUAGCUAGUAAGGUCUAAAUUUACCAGCAUUCUAUGAUGACGCGAUUGACUUAGUAUGGGAUCACUUUGGUUCGGACCGCGGCGCUUACUGUGGCCGUCGCCCUGGGAGUGGGUCAGCGUGUGGCAACUACUACGGACGCGUGUACGAAGAGAUCUUGUUCGGAAGGGAAGGGCACGACAGAAAACACUGGCUACGAAAACCUAAGGCUCUCGCUAAUCCUAAUGGUCCAUCUUUUGUUUAGACAAGUCUUCCUCAGACUAUUACAUUCUUUGCGUGAGAUCCAUCGUCGUGUAGACCAUCUACGACGCCCUUAUGGCAGUCUGCACUGUACUUUGUGCGAGAAGAUUAAUUGCAUUGUGUUCAUUGUAUCUUUAACUUAGAGAGGUCAUCCUAGGACGAAUAGGAGAGACGUUUUCGUCAAGGCGGGGCACUUUCAUCCAGGGGAAUGGUCUCUCAAUGGUUUUUAGGAUUUCAAGAUGGAUGAAUGUUAGAGUAUGAAAACUCUAAAAACUGAUGUGACAGUAAUUUUCGCAUCCUGGAGAUUGGAAUUGGAUCAGUGUCGGCGCAAAAUCCUGGUGGCCCGAUGACAUGGAUUAUGCAGGACCGAUUAAACAAGCACUAUAAACCAUUAAGAAACUACCAUUAAGAGCAUAGUGCUGUACAUGUGGCCGACGAGUACUAAGUAGAAGCACUAAGUAGUAGUUCUUGUUGGUCGACGAGUACUAGUAAGUAGAAGUACCGCCCUUGUUUUAACUUUAGGUCCAACCUCGGUUAAGAAGUAAAAGUGCCUGCACGCAUCUAAUACCUGGUCCAGGCCUCCGUAGUUGGCGGGCUCUGUUUCCGCGCGCGCACAUAGACGGCUGGGACAUCGAUCCUGAGGCUAUGAUCCGCGAUGAGCGUAAUAUUCACACUGCUGUCGUCAAUAGUAUGAACCGAACAGCCGUAGAGGCCUUUGUAAGAGCAGAUGAGAGGACCAGGAAAGAGCGAUCAACACUGGAGAAACUAUCUGUACCACAGGGUUCUUCAUCUCGUCAGGAAAAUGCUGCUGGAGCAUUACCUGCAGAACAACAACACGAGUCCUCCACAUCCACAGGCGUCUGGGAUCUCAUCAUAUUAGGCCUUACCCUUAUCCAUCUUCCAAGGCAUCCCGAAGAGGCUUUUCAAGGGGAAAAUGCAUCCAGGAUGCCUCUCAAGAUGGAUAGGGGUGAGCUCUAACCAGAGAUGAUGGCCUGCACACGAGUCUGUCCGUAACGGCCUCCUUUGUUUUUCUUUUUCGGCAUCUCAAGCUCGGAGGUAUCUACUUCUGGGAGGACAUUCGCGCUUUCUUGACCGAUCUAGCGGGAUUUUCUUACGACCUUAGACUGAGUAGGAGCGUUUUUACUGGGGAUAUGAGUUACUGCGUGUGUGUUUUCAUGUGGAGACUUUAUUGUGUAGUUUGCUGAUGUUGAUGUUAUUGUGGAGUUGAUCACUGGUUUAGCUAGUAGAAGUUCUACUUACAAGAGUAGUCAGUUCUCUCUUAAGAAGUGCCUAGCUAGUAAGUACUAGAAAUUCUACUUAAGAGUAGUCAGUUCUCUCUUAUUGCCAUCUUCUUUCAUAUUCAAUCAGAACAGAGCUCGAUGCAGCACCAGCAGCUCUGAAAAUUCUCUAAUCCUCUCGAUACCUUUUUGGAGGCAGUCCUAGGGAGUAUCACACAGCUUUGUCCUACCACGGAGAUAUUGUUGGGAUACGCGGUCAGAGAGCUCGACAUACGGCGCAACAGUUAGCCGAGUCGGACGAGCUGCUUUUGCAGUCUAUAGAAGCCCAUCAGGGACGCUCGGGGGAUGAAUUAUGGCUAAGCACUUACUUAUACUUACCUGACUUUAUUGCUGCAAUCCUAAUGCUAAUAAAUUAAGUAUGUACAUGUAAUGUUGUACUUGUACUACGUCUAAGGACGAUAACAAGACGCUUUUGUCGUGAAGCAGCAACAAACUACAAGCAUCAUAGAAGAGUCUCAUACAUUCAUAGUAGGCCCUUCUGCUCAUACUGGUCCGGUCUAAACAAGUGCUUGCUUCGUUUGUCGUGCUACUUGUUUUUCUCAAUCAUCUUGAUCUUCUAAAACCAGUCGCACGGGAAAAAGAGAGCUUCGACAAAAUCUCUUCAUUCUCAGACCUUCAAGAAAAGAUGACGGAGAAACGGACUCACCAGCAACAAGAUGCGACAGCCUUUGCUCCCGUGAAGUACUUGUCUUAAGACUUUGCCUAAUCCAGUAUCUACAAGAGCAUCGAUCUCGGGUCCUUUCAUCCGUAAAGAAAGAACUGCUUCAAGAUGAAUGAGCCUCAAGAUGGAUCAUUCAGGUGGCGGUGAGUUCUAAUUGUCGCACUUCCGAUGGCGCUACAACAGUAUUCAGGUUAGAAACAAGCUUCUUUUUGAUUGGGGUAACUAUUCAACCUUCGAGAACUUCCGAUUCGCUACGGAUCGCGCAGUUGUGGCCCAUGUGAUGAAAGACCCAGAAACACUAGCAGCCAUGGGAUUGGCAAAGCAGGUGGACAACGACAAGAGCAGUCUCAGCAAACUGGCAAAGGGUUCCGACAUCCAGCUAAAGCGGUCCCUACAUCUAUGGAAGCACGCGACGUCUUCUUCUUCAACGAAAAAUGCCUCAUCGACUCUCUCUCUCGGUCUCGGGUCUACUAAUGAGGCUGGAGAAGUGAGUCUAGCAAGAUCAUCUUCUGCCCGCGAUCAUCUUCAAACUGACGAGACCGCAACCAGUCGCGAUCGCGAUGGAAAUCAUCUGCAGUUACUACUCGAAUCCCGUUUGUUGUACCAUAAGUUCUUGCGCGACGAUUCCUACGAACUUCAGAAGGAUUGCGUAUUUGACGAUAUUACGGCUAAAAGUUGUUUCUCAGUAUUUUUUGUAUUAACCUAGUACGACGCAAGUCUACAUUGGUCACUAGCUCUACUGCAGUCUAGAAAAUAAGCCACCGCUUCUAAAGACAACCCGAAAAGUAUUCGUGGAAGGAGAAGAAGGACUAAAAAUAGUGGACGAGGAGAGGAACAACAAGAUGAAGAUGAAGAUGCCCUACUUUACAGCACCCCUGAAGAUCGUGCACCUGCCGCUUACUUCUACGAUCUUUGUUGCAAAGAAGGUGUGGACCCCAAGGACGAGAAUAAAAGAGACUGCUUUAGUUACAAGAACUUGGGACAGACUGCAUACCUCUUUUCUGUGUGCUGUGCAGCGACGCUUGUCAGGAACGCUCUGAGGACUCACAUAUUGUGAAGAAUAAUAUUGUAAUAGUGAUAUUGUGAGUCGAUGACCUUCUUCUUCAUUUUUACCGCUGCAUCCACUAUAUUUAUAAGUAUAGUCCAGAUGUUCAUGCUGAUUGACAGUGAGACUCUUUUUCUUCCUACUACACGUUGCUCUUGUCACUUUGUUAAUAUUUUGUUGGCGUUGGACUCAGAUGUAUUCGGAUUCCUGUCUUGUUCUUUGCGUUGAUGGUAGAAAAUCUCAUAAACCUAAGCGUUGCUUAAACGUUCCGCUCGCGACGAUUGAUGCGAC